UGCGCGCGCAGUAAAGCUCUCAGCCAAUCGGUUUUGUUCUUGCGCAGACUCCAGAGAAAGGAGGGAAGUUCAGUUUGUUUACUCCCUGGAAAAAACAGCAGCGUCUCUACCUAGACGUAACGAAAAUAUGAAUGUUGGUGACUUCUGCUCUGCGGACGUGUUAAUGUGACACCUACUGAACAUGUGUGCCUGGUAUGUCUUUUCCUUGAAGUGAAUUUCCCUGCACAUACAGCAUGACUGAGCUACAGCAACCAUUGAGCCAACUCCAAGAAACUUCUGGGCCUUUGCUGGAUGCUCAGAAGAUGCAGUUUUGGAUGGAUAAAGCUGUGGCUUGGGACCAGGUUGGCAGUGCCCAAACUCUGAAAGACAUCUCCCGACAUUUGAGGGGGCUAACAGAUUUCCUCCAGCAAGUUCUCACACAGAUCAGCAAUACGGGCUCCACAGCAGAAACCAUGAAGGAGCUGCCCUGUUUGGGCCAGAUUUUAGGCCGGCUGUGCUGGAACCCUUAUGUCACUGUGGGAGAUACAAACAGAGGGCUGCUCCUCCAGUGUCUGUUGGGACUGUACUCUGAGAAUCCAAGCAAUGCUUUAGAAAGAAAAGCCAACCAGUGGAUUCGGAAAGUGUUAUGUCGACUCGCGACAGAAGAUGAUGAUCCUGCAGCUCAAAUACUUAUGAAGAGCACUGGUGUUCCACCUAAGGAGUACCAUCUCAGAGUACUAAAAAAGAUGGUAAAACAGCAUCAGGAAAACAUCGAAAAGACCUGUUGUUCAAAGAAGAGCAUAGAUCAGAGGUGCUCAUGUGAUGUUAUUCUGACAACAUCAGAGGUGUUUGUUCCCCUCCUUGACUGUCCUGAAGCUUCUCCUGUCAUUUGCUCUUUGCUGCAACGUCCUGGGACGUCCUUCACAGACGCUCUGAGUGAAGACUUCCUGGAUGCUCUAAACUCAACAGACUUGAGGUUGGCCGUGGACGAGACGGCUUUAGUCUCUGUGUGGUAUCACAGUCUUCCUCGUCUGGAAGAGGCAGUGCUCGACCUCCUGGAGUUUGCGACCAGCACUGGCUCAGCACCACAGAACCUAGAACAGCACAUAUCCAAGACUCAGCUGCCUAAAGCUUGUGCUCAUCACUGUUCGAUGUUCCUUGUGGUAAAUGACAUCUUCAGGUCAAUCCUUAAACAAGCAGAAGGAAACUUGGCUGUUCAUUCUGUCAUCCAAACCUUCACCAGGUGUUUCUUGAAGGAACUGGAGGAGCUGCAGCCUCGGACGGCCGCGUCUCUGAAAGCCUUCUUCCCACAAUCACCCACCAGUCUGCUGGUCCCCCUCUUGACUUUGCCGUCAGAGAUGCCUCAAGAGGCAUGGAAAAAUCACCUGGAGUGGCUUACUGCCUCAUUACAGCGACUGGCGGAGCAGGAGGAGGAGGAGGAGGGAGACAGCCAAAGCUCCAGGUUAAGAGAGAGAAAGGCUUGUGGGGAGGGCCACCAUAAUGUGUUUGAGACCUGGUUCCUGCUGGUUCAGUGCUCCCACUGGGUACAGGUGGCGGGGGAGCUGCUGGUCACAUCAGAGGCAGAGCCCUGCAGUAACCUCCUGUGGCUGAUGACCUUCUACUACCACCCUACCAACAGGUGGCACUGCAGAGCGGCACUUCUGGAAGAGGCCAAGGAAGCGUGGAGGCAUCUGCGCACUCUCUCCUCUGCUUCAGUCCGUCCUCUACCCACUGACCACCUGCAGCCACUUAUCACUCUGCUGUCCCUGAAACCUCAGCGACCAUCAGCUCCUCUGUUGACCCUCAGCCUCAUGGUUUAUUGCGCCAUUUUCUGCCAGCUCCCACACAGCCAGUCGGUGGAGAUUUUUCAGACGUCCAGGUGGUGCAUGCGGCUGGCCUGCUCCAUGAAGCAGCAUGUGUUCUCAACUCACUGCAGCACAGGCUGAAUGAAGGAAGCUGCUCAUCAAGGGACACGGUUCAUGUCAGGAUUAAGAAGCUGCAGAGCACAGUAACACACAUGCAGGCAGGCGUGAACCCUCACACACCCCACAACAGGUAGGAAAGCAUACCUGCAUCACACACACAGCAGUGAGUUCAUGUCGAGGUUAUUCAGUCCAGUGUUUUUUAGAACGACAACUGUCUGUCAAAGUAACCCAGCAAGGACCGAUUACAAUAAAAUAGAGGGCAUUAAUAAAUGUACACAACAGCAGAGCACACAAUGGCACUCCAGCAGUGACAAAGCUCAGUGUAAAGAAGCAGCCGCUCGCACAUGUCCGCCCACUCGCCAAGUUUCCUCACGAUUUAAACGCCUCACAUUCUGCAGAGGCUAAAUAAAAGACGGCGGUUUGAAGGCAGGCAAAGGAGAGCCGCCGCGUUUGUGCCCAAACACUCCACCGACUCAUAAACUCGGAAUGAUGAUUGCCACUUGUUUGUGUGUUGAUGCUUUCUUUUGCCUAAUUGUUCAUAAAGCUGAAGAGUUCUCAGUGUUUCUCACUCACAAAGUCAAGCGUUCAGUUUGGUAUUUGUAAUUUUGCAGAUACUGAUUCCAGGAUUUGUUAUGAGUCAAUAAGGAAAACGUUUUUUUUUUUACAUAUUUAACGCUUUUUCAUGCAAUGUUUCACCAACAUGAGGCACACACGCCAGGAAUGAAUGCAGUUUUUUUGUGCAUGUUUUCAUGAGGUGGGAGUGUAAAAAACUCUGUUAAAGACAGCUUUCCUUUUGUUCACAUAUUAGCUUUUUGGAUGUUUUGGAGUUCAGAGAACUGGAAUAUAAAGCCCCCAAUGAAUGUUUUCUACUCCUGCACACAAAAACGGAAGAAAAAACUUUUUUUGAGGAUUUGUCUUUAUUUCAACAAUGAAUGUAUUAGUGAUUAUUUACACAACAUAAAUAAACUUAUUUAAACACAUUGGAAAGACCUGAGUCAUCAGUUUCAGAUCGGUCUUUGGUCAGAGAUGCAGCUUGUAUAAAAAAGAUAGAAAAAUAAGAAAACUCACUGAAUGUAUUUUCAGUCUAAACUCUUAAAAACCAGAUGAUGACUUUAGACUAAACAGACAUGAACUCACACUAACACAGUAGCGUAGACUCUAAAACAUGGCUCUCGUUGUUGAGUUUAAAAAAAAAAAAGCAAAAAAAAAACCUUUUUUUCCUAAAACAUUUACAGUAUGAGGAAGUAACAGCCUUGUGUGAACAGUUUGGACGGUUGGUGCUCAGUAUCCCAGACAAACAGGUGAGUUCUGGAUCCUGAUAAAGUCUCUGCAACCUGAAAGAGAGAAAAAUUCAUACAUGAAUACAAAAACAACUAGUUCAAUGCAAACACAAAUGAUGCUUUACUAUGGCUGUGGAGGAAAGAUGGAAUACAAGUUAUGAUUUCAACCAGGAAACGUUUAUCCUGAUAAAUAGCUUAAAAAAUAUUCAGCCAUAUAUAAUUGCUGCCAUUUUGAGAAGGUUCUCAGACCUGAAAAGGUGAAAUCUUAUUGAUGCCGCCUGCUGCACACGUGCAUGUUUAUGCGAACAAACAAGACUUGCAACUGGUUGUGUUGUGUGAGCCUGAGGAGCACAGAUAAGAAGCGCACACGCUCGAUUUUAGCGCCCUGAAAGGAGGUCUGCUAUUAACGCGGGUCAAACUGGGAAUGUGGGGAGGCAGAGCCCCCGUCCACCGACACUGUCGUCCCCUGCUGCAUAGAGCAGAGAGGCAAACCAUGAGGGACAAUAUCUGCAGGCACAUUUCAAGUUUGUGUUUGUGAUGCUGAGCUUUGAUUUAGAGAAAAAAACAAAAGUGGGCUUUGACCCAGUUUAACCUCUGGCUAUGAAUACAGUGAAUGAACAGACUGAAAAACAUUCACUAAACAGCUACUGGCAGGUUUUAGCUUACGUCAGUUUGGGUGUAUAUGCAUUAUAAAAAAAAAAAAAA